AUGUCAACUUCUAUAUCACAAUAUCAUGUCAUGAGAGCUACCGGAUACUAUGAUAUAACUUAUGAAACACCCUUGUCAAACCAAGCUUAUAUCAUUUGUGAAAUAAUAUCUCAUUUAGAAAUUCAAACCGACUUGGCUGCUUGUUGUUUAGUGUCCCGUCUAUGGAACACUUGCGUGACACCAAAAUUAUGGAAAGCUCCAUGUAUGAAACGCGCUUCAACCUUUGAUAAAUUUAUUAGAACAUUGGUGAGAUCAAAACAGAAUUCUGCUACCUUAUAUACUUAUGGCUGUUUUAUUCAGAAUCUCGACUUGUCGCGACUUACAUUAGCUUGUUCAGCUGCCGAAUUGGGUCUGAUAUCUGAAUGUUGUGGUGUGUUGAAACACCUUGACUUUUCUAACGUUCAAGAAUUAAGGGACGAUGUUUUGAGUAGAAUUGCGGGACGUUGUUCGGAUUUGAGAUCAUUAAAAUUAUUGAAUUUACCUCACAUUACUGAUGAUUCUUUGAAGCAGAUCAUCGAUAGGUGUCGUCUUUUAGAACAUCUCUCUUUUGGUGAUUGCGUAAACGUUAAGAAUGAUUCAUUGCUUCGACUUGCCUAUGCGAAACACCUUACAACCCUUGAAAUUUAUAUUGGAAAUACCAUUGAAAUUCAUACCUUUAUGCUUAUAACACAACAUUGUUUAAGGUUGAAGAAUUUACAUAUUUGGGAUUGCGGUUUGCUUGAUGACAACGCUAUAACCACUAUGGCCAUUAAUAUGAAUGAGAAUUUAGAAUCCCUAAUCCUUCAAAACACUCCAUAUAUAACCGAUUUAUCAAUGACACAGGUGGCAUAUAGAUGUCCUAACCUUCGUCAUUUAAGUUUGGAACCAUAUGAAAGGGUGACGGAUGCGACCUUAUUCGCUCUGGCUGAUUAUUGUUUGCAUUUAGAAUCUCUUCAAGUGAAUUUGCAUAGAUCAAAGCAAUUUUCCAAUCGUGGAUUCUUGAUGAUAGCUGAACGAUUGAGAAUGCUUAGUAAAGUGACUUUUCAAUAUUCAACGCCACUUGUCACUGACGUUACUUUAAGCAUGUUGGGUAUUAGGAAUGCUAAAAGCUUAACAUAUCUUCAUCUUUAUAAUUGUAGCUUUACUGAUUCAUCUUUCUUGGUGCUUGAAACGAUUCGUCCACCGAUUAAUGAUCUUUGCUUAUUCAAUUUACCUGAUGUUACGGAUGAGCCCAUAAUUGCUCUACUUGGGAGUAUUUCCGAAACUCUUUCAAUUUUACAAAUUUCGAAUUGUGACCGACUUACAGAAGAAGUAGUAAUAUCUGGUAUAAGAUACUGUAGAGGUUUAAGAAAAUUAAGUUUAUUUUCAUCCACGGAUUUUACUAUUCGUGGCUUAGAUGCGAUCGUUUCAGUAUGCUCACAGUUAAAAGAAUUUUAUUUAUCCAGUACCGAAGAUAUUCCGAAUACGGUUAUCGCACCAACGUUAACACGUUUAAGGUAUCUUGAAAAAUUACGAAUUCGUGUCUGUCCUAGUUUAACACAGGAUGAUGUAUUGAUGAUUUGUUGUGGUUGUGCUCAAUUACAAGAAUUCUUUUUUGGACGCAGUAAUUAUUUGAAUGAAUCUUUUGUUCAACAUUAUAAUGACGAUGGAAGAAAAAAACCCCUUUUAGUAUUGGGUCCAUAA